AUGGGCCGCUCCUUACCUCGAUAUCUAGAGAUCAAAGUCCAUCAAGAAGUACUUCGACGAGCUUAUGAUGACAUUGUGGUCAGAGGUCGUUAUACGAGAUACGCAACAGAAUCCAUCGCCUUUGACGGUGAAAAGAGAGAUAAACCAUUCAACUGGGAGCGGCCAAGUGCCCAUGUGGAGAACAACACGCUCUUUAUAGAUUGCUUCCCUGGCUAUGACCACAUCGAGCACUACGCCGAGAUCAUCUCGUGUUACCUCAGCAUCAAAGAGCGCUCGGCCAGUGAGCAACGCCUGACCCCCUCGUCGCGGGUCUCAUUCAUACCUGCGUCAUGCUCGGACACCAAGACCGCUCUACAGGCAACGAACCUCGGCGACCUUCCCGGUACAGGGCUAGACACUGUCGUGCUGGGUCUCGUGUGGCACUUGCCACGACUCACUGGCGAUUCGGAAUGGCAAGGAGCCGGUCCAUGGCAAUGGCUGACUCGAACAUUCGGGAAGCGUCGAGUUGCUUUCCUCGGCUUUCGCCCAGCCUUCUGGGGCGAUAUUUCAGGUGAAUUGGUGCACUGGUUAGCUUCCAAGUUCCAUGUCAAGGAGGUGAUCUAUCUUGGGAAACUUGGUGCGCUCAAACCCCACGUCGCACCAAAUAAGCGGCUCGCCACUGGGAAUCGGUCCCUUGUCAACGGCCGAUGGGUAGAAUGGGUGGGCGGGAUGGACUCGUCUAUCGACCGAUAUGGCAGAGGAACAGUGAUCUCUGGCACACACGUCACUCUCGGCAGUGUCCUGCACGAAACCAAGGACUGGCACGCCAAGCUAGUCGAUACUGUCGAUUUCGUGGACCCUGAAAUAGGGAUGAUGGGCCAAGCGGCUGUACGGUCUGGUGUCAAAUACAACUACCUGCAUAUGGUUACGGACAACCUUGGCAAGAAGUAUGAUGAGGACCUGUCCAACGAGAGGAAAGAGAGUGUGCUCAGACAGCGUGCAACUCUGCACGAGAUAGUCCAGGAUGUCAUAGAGGAUCACCUGUCUCGAUGCGAUGUCUAACCUCA